AUGGACUUCAGCAGCGGCCUCGGUCUAUCAUUUGGCACAAAUGAUGAGGAAACAAAUAUCAGUGAUGGAGAAUCACCAGACAAUAAUGAACAGAAUCAACCAAUGCAAGAUGAUGGAGAAUCUUCAGAAGAUCCAACUUCUUUCCAGUCCCAAGUUAAUGAUCCGGAUGCGACUCCCCGACCAAGUUCUGCCAACCAAUUCACCUCUCACAAUCCAACCUCUUUCGGUUCACCAUUUCAGUCCAUCAAUCAGCCUCAUCACCAAGCUCAACCGAGUGCUCCUUUCCAUCUGUCCGGAAAUGAUACUGGAUUCCAGGAUCAGAUGAAUGCAAAUUUUGAGUCGCAGCCAAAUGCAUUCCAUCAACAGGUAGCCAAAAGCUAUCCAAACAACCUUAAAAAAGGAAUUCCCCAAACUUUGCAAUUUGGUGGAGAUCCUCAAUUUAAUGGGCAUGGCCAUCCUCAAUCUGGCUUUCAGAGCAUGUUGAAUCAACCUCGAUCGGAUAAUCAGAAUGCCUUCGGAAACUCUGGUAUGCAAUCUCAGCAAUUUAUGCACAACAAUGCUCAAAACCAUAUGUCGGCUCAGGCUAUGCAGCAAUCAAACUUCAAUAAUCAAAUGACUGGUAAUCCUCCAGCAAAUAACUUUCAGGGUCUUAGUGAUCCACGGAUACUCCAACAUGAUUAUAAUCCACACAUUCCACGAAUGAAUGAUAGCUUUCAGUCUCAUCUUGGCUCUUCAAUGAAUACUCAAUUCCAACCCAUGUCUACUAUGGCACAAUCGAUGAACAGAAAUCAACUCGGCAAUCACAGCUAUGGUUCCUCUUUUGCAACACAAGCCAACAUGAAUCAAAUGCAGAGUGGACAAGCACUUCGACCAAACAACCCUUUCCAACCAUCCAACUCAAUGCAAGACACUCAAAUGAUGAACAACACUACCCUUCUUCGGCCUGGAUCAUCUAAUCCAUCAUACGCCUUUGCUCACCAACAACCAGUACAUCCACGCGUUGCUCUGAAGAUGCGAGAAUUUGGACUGAACCCCGACAAUCCUGCCGAGGUAGAAACUUUCAUGGACCGUCUCAAGCUUCUCAGGAUGAAGAAAGCACAAGAAACGCAAUUGAAAGGACAAGCCGAGUCCGCUGGACCCUCUCGAGCAUCUUCAAGUUCUACUGUAACCCACCAUCCUAUGGACAGGAAUGAAGCUAUGAAUCAGGGAAUGGGACAGGGACGAGCUUGGUCAAAUCGAUUCGGCCAAGGACACACUUCCAACCCAUAUCAAUCCCAAGGAAAUGCUACAUCAGGCCCUUCAAUGAAUAAUCAAACCUCUCAACUUGCAUUCCCACCAGUACCACCUCAUCUUGUCCUUGGCUCGAAUAAUAAUCCGAAUCAGCCUGUAUUUGGUCAACAUCCACAAGACUAUUCUCAGCUAAACAUGAAUGCACCUAUCCAACCAUAUCCUACUCCCUAUGUACCUCUAGGCUCAGCACAGAUCAUUUCUGCAGGUAAUAAUGUGACAAAUCAACAACUCCGACAACAACUUCAACCUCCACCUCUUCAGCAUAAUAGUGGUGUUCAAAGCCAGCAAUCACAACCCCAGUUCGAUCCCACUAUUCAUCUACAUCCGCAUCAUCCAAUGGCAAAUCAUCUUCACCCUCUUCAACAGAAUCAAGGUUCGCAAUUCAACCAUUUUGGACAGCCACAGCAGUUCCAUCACCAUGGUCUACCUCCUGAGUACAACCCCUCCCAUGGUCAUCACUCGAAUAACUUUGCUGACAAUGGUGUCGAACCAGCCGAACCAAUUGAAGAGUACGAGGACGACGAACAGCAAGAGGAGGUAUCAGAGCCUGAAGAAGAACAGCAGCAGGCCGAAGAAGAACAAGAACAAGAGGGCGAAGUUGACUCCGAUGGUUUCUCAAUUCAUUCCGACGAAAUAUCCUCCCCACCACCCAAUAUUUACCCGAUACCACGACCUCCCGGUAUCCCUCCUUCUCCUACACCUCGGUUUCCUAGCAAUGAGGUAAAUCCCAAUAAUGCACCUAAUAGACCACCGCCAGUCAUUGGUAGCGGGAAUCGAGUUUGGAGUAUCGCGCCGGAUGCUUUUAAUGCGCAGGGAAAUAUUAUGGAUUGGGAUAAGGCUAGGCGGAGGAAGGUGGGUAAUGGAUUGGAUUGUGAGUGUCGGGGAACGUUUCAUAAGGAUGGAAAGGGAUAUUAUAUGGCGGAAGAUGAGUCGAGCAUUUGGUGUAACGCGGGAGAGAAGCAUGAUGAGAGUGAAAAUGAAGACGAAAACGAACAUCAAAAUGGAGAGGAUAGCGAGGAAGAUGAAGAGUUGAAAGGUGUGCCAAAAUGGGUCAAGCAGGUUUUGACGCAUGGACCGAGAAUUGAUCAGAAGGAGGUGAGGAGGGAGGAGGAAGCUUAUAGGAAGAUGAUGGCGGAAAAGGUUAAGAAGAUGCUUGCUAGAAAGACUGCGAAGGAAAGAGGGGAGGAGAUUCCUGAAGAGAAUGAUCAUGAUCAUGAUCAUGAUAAAGAUAGUGAGAUGUUGGAUAUUGAUGAGGCCAGAUCUCCUGGUGAGAACGAGGCGAAUCAAGCGAAGCCGGAAUGGAAAGGCAAAGGAAAACGAAAAGCAACAGCUAUCGACUCAGUCGACGAUACGGAAAUCGAAAGUCCACUCAAAAAAUGGAAAGGCAAAGGUAAAGCCGCGGAUUCAGAUGAAGAAUUGGAUGAAAAACAGUUGGCCAAAAAAUACAAGGACAAAGUUCAAGGCAAAGGCAAAGGCAAAGAAAAAGGCAAAGGUAAAGUCUUCGAACUCUCAGCUGAAGAAAAUAAUGUAGAAGACCUUUUAUUUGGAGAUUCUGCAGAAACAACACGUCUAGCUGAAGAACUAGGCCUUGAACCCCAUGCCAAUGCAGAAGCAAUCGAUGACGAUGAUAAAGAUAAAGAUAGUAUCUUUGGGGGUGCCGACGUCACACAUGAUUUCGAUAACAUUCAACUUGAGUCAGAGUCCACGAUCGCAGACCCUGAACUCGCAGCAACUGGUAUUAUCUUGCCAGCUUCUUUCCCGCUUCCCCCAGAUCUCGCCAACGAAGAAGAGAUUGAAGAAGUCCCUAGACAGGCACCAUAUAAAUCUAGAAGAAACGAAGGACCCUUCAAUAUCUAUCAAUCUCUCCUUCUGACCCCCGAAAUCAUACUCGAGCUCAUGCGCCACCUCUCGCCCAAACAGCUUCUCGCUCUCUACUGCAUAUCUAGACCCUUCAACGAGACUCUUUCCGGCUGGAUGGCUCACUCUAUCAAAACCAUCGUCAAGUACCAAGCUCCUUAUAGCUAUAAAAUCUACCCAUUUGUUCUCUACCGCGAACUCAGCAUGCUCGACCCACUGGGCCAUCUCAACAAUUCUGGACAAAUUCGUCGCGUCCCAGGUCUUAAAUACCAUCAAAUGGUCCUCCACCGCGUCCGCGUCGUACGAGACAUCCUCGCCGCACUCGCGCGACAACAUCAUCGCUGUCCACCCGGCACCAACCAUUCUCUCAAGAAAGUAUGGUUCCUCAUGGAUAUCUCCACGACCCUCGACCGCGUCCGCCUAAUCCACAACCGAGAAUUCUUCACCGAUCAAGAUCUAUACAACAUCCAACACUUCAUCGUAAAACUGGACAUGCGAUUUAAUGAUCCCACCGAUGGACCCGGUUCCGACAUGUUGCGCAAACUCAUGCUAGGACAACGCGGCUUGACGCCUCUUUCUCGUCUUUUGUCUCGCACCGGCUUUACGGAUUUGUAUGAACUUCAAGCCUAUAUGGUACGCUAUACGUACGCGCCACUUAGGCCCGCGGAAGAUGUAAUAGAAGGCAUGUUCGAUGUUCCCUAUGGAGAAAUUGGACGCGGACAUUUGGAAGGGUGGGGCAAAGGCGAGAAACAUUUGAUGCGGAUUGAUGAAUUGGUGAUGCGGGAAGCGACCAGGAGGGAGUUGGGGUUUAAGGAACAUAUUGCGAUGAUGUUUUUGUGGGGGUAUGUGGAUCCGGUGACGGGGGAGAAUUUGGAGCCGAGUGAGCAAGAAUGUUAUAUGAGUGAUGGGGAGGGGGAGGAGAUGGAGCCUGAGGGAGAUCCGUGGGAGGGUACGGGCAUGAAUAUGGCGAGGUUGGAAAGCUUGGUGUUGGGGAGGGAGGAGAGUGAUGGGGAGGAGGAUGGGGGGGAAGGUGAUGAUGGUGGUGAGUGGGAGGAUGAGGAAUUUGAGGGUACUGAGAUGAGACCGCAGUGGUCGUAG